AGCCCCGCCCGCGCACCUGAGACCGGCCGCCCUGGCUCUCUCUGCCCGGAGCCAUGGACUUGGACACGCGCGGGCUGCCCGCCCCAGGCUCCUGGGGCCGCGGGUCCCGGCUCGUGGCCGCCGCCUCCUGGCUGCCCAACGUGGCCCUGGCGCUGGCGCUGAGCUCCGAGGCGCUGCUGUUCCCAGCGCCGCCUGCUCACCACUGCCGGCCCGACCCGGCGCUGCUGCCGCCGGAGCUACGCGCCCUGGCCGGCCCGGCGCUGCUCAACGCCAGCCUCCCGCGCCUGCCGCCGCCCUCCCGCGGCUGGAGCCCCUGCCAGUUGCUCCGCUACCCUGGUCCGGGCCCCGAGCCCAAUGGCACCGGGCCCUGCACCCGCGGCUGGGACUUCGCGCGGCCCGUCGCCGGCCUGCUGAACAGCCCCGUCACCCAGUGGAAUCUCGUGUGUGAGGACCAAUGGAAGGUGCCCCUGGAGCAGAUGAGUUACCUUCUGGGCUGGUUGCUGGGUUGUGUGACUCUGGGCUCAGCCUGUGACCGGUUUGGCCGCCGAACCAUCUUGGUAACCUCCCUGCUUCUGGCUGUGGUGCUGGGAACGGCUGUGGCCCUGGCUAUCAGCUACUCCAUGCUGCUGGCCCUCAGGCUGCUCUAUGGGGCCACAGUGGCUGGCGCCUUCCUCUCCCUCUAUGUGGCCCGGCUGGAGCUUUGCCACGCUGACCAUCGCCUCCUGUUCUCCAUGGUGGCUGGCCUCUUCUUCGUGGCAGGGACGAUGCUAUUGCCAGGGCUGGCGGCAAUCUGUAAAGACUGGAGGUUCCUACAGGGGCUGGUGAGCCUCCUCCUGGGCCUGUUACUGCUCCUCUGGGGAUUUCCUUCCAUGUUCCCAGAGUCCCCCCGAUGGCUGGUGGCCACUCGGCAGCCAGGCAGAGCCAAGGAGGUCCUGUGGCACUUGGUAGGGGUCUGCCAAAACCCCGGAGAUGCCACCUCAGAGGAUGUCACUCUGGCUGCAGAGUUAGACAGGCUAUCGGAGGGGAAGUCCUUGACCCAGUACCACUCCAUCUUCGAGCUCUUCAGCACCGAGCUCCUCUGGAAAAACACCCUCAUUCUGGCCUUCACCACCUUGCUCGGGAACGGCGUCCAGUAUAACUUCACCCAGAACCUGGCCCCGUACCUGCCCCACUUCUACCUGCCCUGCUUCUUGCUGGCCGGGCUGGAGGCAGCCGCCAGCCUCUCGCUGAUCGUCCUGGCUGUGUUCUGCGGCCGCCGGGCCAGUCUGCUUCUCUGGACCGUCCUCACCAGCCUGGCCUCCCUGCUCCUCCUCGCCCUCGGCCAAUACCUGCCAGUCUGGACUGUGGUGGCUCUCUCUGGACUGGGACUCCUGGCUUCCCAGGCUAUGUCUGUGCUCAGCAUCCUCUUUGCUGGCGAGAUCCUCCCCACUGUGAUCAGAGGAGCUGGCCUGGGUCUCAUCAUGGCAGCCGGGUUCCUGGGCCGAGUGGCCACUCCGGUCAUGAGCAUCUCCAACCACCACGGCUUCUUCCUCCACCACGUGGUGCUCGCCUCUUUCGCUGUUCUCUCCAUGCUCUGCAUUCUCCUACUACCGGAGAGCCAGGGACGGACCCUCCCCGAGUCCCUGGAGGAUGCUGAGGGCUGGUGGUACCCCCCACUCUUCCUGCCCCGCUGGCGCCACCCCCAGGACCAUCGUGCCCCACUGCUCCUGCCCUCCCGUAAGCAGACCCACUACGUAUGUCAGCGAAACUCCUGCGCAGUGGUCCCUCCCCAGAGGGCCGGGGGCCAGGGGCCUCUGCACCCCAGGGAUCACUGGGAGACAGAGUCCCAGGCCACCCAGGAGCCGCUGUUCAUGGCUGAACUACAGGAGGACGCCCACGAGGCUGUCUUCCCCUGAACGAGGUCUGAGGCACCAGCUCCACGGUGGAGACGGGAUGGCGAAGCUGGUUUAUGUCAUAGGCGUCCUGGAGCAGGGGACCGAUGACCACAAUUUAAGCAUCCUCCUCCCCUUUUCCUGGCCCCACCAGAGCUGCUCCCUCCCUCCCCCCCUCCCCAUUUCCGGGACUCGAGAUGGAUGGCAAGGAGGAGUCCAACCUCGAUAACCCCCAAACAGGAUCCCAGUCCUGGACAAAUUAAAUGGCACUUCUGCGGCCUCUCAGA